AGACAUUGUGCCUGUAAUAUAUUCCAGUUGAACGAUGAUAUUGAAAAAUCCACGAACCUCGGCGCGCACGGACCGUGAACGCGUUCACUUCCGCGUCUCCCAGCGGAUUGGCUUUACAUUGUGCGAUCUGCCAUGUUGAUACAGCAGCAAGACGGAUAAGCCAUGGCACUGCUCGUCGACAAGCAUCGCCCGCGCACCCUCGACACCCUAACCUACCACACUGAUCUGUCGGACCGUCUUCGUUCUCUCGCUGCCUCUGGCGACUUUCCGCAUCUGCUCAUCUACGGACCUUCUGGCGCGGGGAAGAAGACUCGUGUCUCCGCCACAUUACGAGCAUUAUACGGGCCCGGCGCAGAGAAGAUCAAGAUCGAUAGCCGAGUCUUCCAAACGACAAGUAACCGCAAGCUCGAAUUCAACAUUGUCAGCUCAAACUACCAUCUUGAGAUUACACCGAGCGAUGUUGGCAACUAUGACCGAGUAGUUGUCCAGGAUCUACUCAAAGAGGUUGCUCAGACACAGCAAGUCGAUCUCUCCGCUAAGCAGCGCUUCAAAGUGGUCGUCAUCAAUGAAGCCGAUCAUCUAACUCGCGACGCGCAAGCAGCGCUAAGACGGACGAUGGAGAAGUACAGCCCGAAUCUACGGCUAAUACUACUGGCGAACAGCACAAGCAACAUAAUAGCACCAAUCAGAUCGAGGUGUUUGCUUGUCAGAGUGGCUGCGCCGACCGAAGAGGAGAUUGCUGGCGUAUUAGCAAGGGUCGGUAAGAAGGAAGGGUACAAGAGCUGUGAGCCGCUUGAAAGGCGGAUAGCGAAGGAUAGCGGAAGAAACCUGAGAAGAGCGCUGUUAAUGUUCGAAGCAGUGCAUGCUCAGAACGAUAACGUGACCGAAAAGACGCCAAUACCGCCGCCAGACUGGGAAGCCUUAAUUGAGGUCAUCGCUAAGGAAAUGAUCGAGGAACGGUCACCGGCACGGAUCUUGCAGGUGAGAGCAAAGUUGUAUGAUUUGCUCUCACACUGCAUACCCGCCACGACUGUGCUCAAGACCCUCACCUUCAAGCUGAUGCCGAAGAUCGAUGACAGUUUGAAGGCCGACAUUGUGAAAUGGAGUGCCUUCUACGAACACCGCAUACGUACUGGAAGCAAGGUCAUCUUCCAUCUGGAGGCGUUUGUGGCCAAGUUUAUGCGGAUAUACGAAGGACACCUGAUGGGCAUGGACCUUGACUUUGACGACUAGUAACGAAACGAAGUGUUGACUGUUUACGUGGGACGAGUGGUGUGGUUGUUUUCGUCGACCAUUAGCGCGGCGUUAGGUGAUGCAGGGACAGGGCCAUGUCGUGCCUUCCCCGCUUACAUCACGGUCUCUCGAACGUGAAGUU